AUGGCACGUCUAGUUGUGGUCGCAUUGGCCCUUGGCUUAUUUGUCUGCAUCCACGCAGCCCCAGGUUACGGCGGUGGUAGUAGCGGAGGCGGUGGCUUCGGCGGCGGUGGCGGCGGCGGCGGCGGCGGCGGCGGCGGCGGCGUUGGUUUCGGCGGAGGCCAUGGAGGUGGUUUCGGCGGAGGCCAUGGGGGUGGAUUCGGCGGAGGCCAAGGGGGUGGUUUAGGUGGUAGCCACGGAGGGAGUGGUGGAGGUGGCCAUGGAGGUGGUCUAGGCGGCGGCAAUGGAGGCGGCCUAGGAGGUGGCCAUGGAGGCGGUCUAGGCGGCGGCAAUGGAGGCGGCCUAGGAGGUGGCCAUGGAGGCGGUCUAGGCGGCGGCAAUGGAGGCGGUCUAGGCGGCGGCAAUGGAGGCGGUCUAGGCGGGGGCCAUGGAGGCAGUCACGGAGGUGGACUAGGCGGUGGAAUUGGAGGCGGCCAUGGUGGUGGUUUCGGUGGCAGCAACGGCGGCGGUCUUGGCGGAUCUGGUGGUUUCGGCGGAUCUGGCGGUCAUGGUGGUCACGGCCACGGUGGACACGGAAGCGGUGGCUUUGGAAGUGCAAACGCUCAGGCCAGUGCAAGCGCUGGUGCAGGUUAUGGUGGCCACAAAGGAGGUUACGGGCGUUAA